UCUGAAUUGAGAAUUGCACAUGUGAAUGCAUCUUAAGAAAGACAAUAUGGCGACUUCAUGGGUUUGAUCAAUUGAAUAUGCAGUGUGUUUUAAUCUAAUCAAUGAUUAAUAUUCGCAGUAUCAUUGUGUUAUUUAAUUUCGAGUUUUUGUGUGGAAUUUGGAGUGUACGUGAGAAGACGAUCGAGAGGUUAUGAUUCAAUCAAGAACUUUGCUUAUAAUUCUACGGUUGGUGUUGCCUCCACGGCUGCGACAUAUCGGGAUGUAGCUUUGCUAUUUAUGACAAUUAAAAUGGUCUAAAUAGGAUUAUCAUCAAUGAUUCUGUAUAAAUCAUCGUAUAAAUUUAUAAAAUUCUAUUUAAUGAGGACCUCAGUGUCAACGAAUUCAUCAUUGUCGCUUUGCUCAAGUGCCUUCAGCUUUAUAGUUUAGUUCUCUUUUUCUCGAUCACGUAACACUACUCAAUUUCUCAGGUGCAAGUUGCAACGAUUUCCACUUUUGCCUUAUUUUUAUUUUAGGUAUAAUUUAAGGAAAUUAUACAGGAAUGUUAGAGGGCUUUUAUUGAGAGAUAAAAUUUCUCGCUGGAAGAUUUUGUUGUUUACUGUUUUGUGCGACCAAAGUACUUUGCUUUGGACCACAAUUUACAGAAAAACAUGUCCCAGUUAACCUUAAAUACAGGAAAGCGAGGAAGAGGUGUUGCAAGCACCUCAGCUUCUGCUGUGACAGCAUUAAGUAAUUCUACUGACUUAGCGAGUCUCUUUGAAUGUCCAGUUUGUUUUGAUUACGUGCUACCACCAAUAUUACAGUGCCAAAGUGGACAUCUUGUUUGCAGUAUUUGCAGACCAAAAUUAACGUGUUGUCCCACCUGUCGAGGACCUUUAGGUAAUAUUCGUAAUCUUGCAAUGGAAAAAGUAGCAAGCAACGUUAUGUUCCCUUGCAAAUAUUCGACGAGUGGUUGCACCGUGUCAUUGGUGCACACUGAAAAACCAGAUCAUGAGGAUGCUUGUGAAUACCGUCCAUAUAGCUGCCCUUGUCCUGGUGCUUCCUGCAAGUGGCAGGGUUCUUUGGAACAAGUAAUGAAUCACCUUGUGCUAAGUCACAAAAGUAUCACUACUCUCCAAGGAGAAGAUAUCGUAUUUUUAGCUACUGAUAUAAACUUACCCGGAGCCGUUGAUUGGGUUAUGAUGCAAUCUUGUUUUGGUCAUCACUUUAUGCUUGUUCUUGAAAAACAAGAGAAGUACGAUGGUCAUCAACAAUUUUUCGCCAUUGUUCAAUUAAUUGGUUCUAGAAAACAAGCAGAAAAUUUUGCAUAUAGAUUGGAAUUAAAUGGUCAUCGACGACGUUUAACAUGGGAGGCAAUGCCACGAUCUAUACACGAAGGUGUAUCGUCUGCGAUUCUUAAUUCUGACUGCCUUGUUUUUGAUACGUCCAUUGCUCAGCUUUUCGCGGACAAUGGUAAUUUGGGAAUCAACGUUACUAUUUCAAUGGCAUGAGGAAAAUCUUAAAA